AUGGCAGGGGGAAUAGGAGCAUUUUGGGGAACAAGAGUGAUGGAGAUAGUGAAAAAGCACGACUCCGGAGGCCUCGUUUGGAAGAGAAUUAAGCUCACUUACCGCAAAGCCAACGCCAAGAAACGUCUCCAUCGCGUUUGGCAGAAUGAAGCUGUUUUGAGGGCAUGUGCAGAACCACCUUCAAAAACAACUGAUGUUGUAGCUGGUGAGAAAGAUGGGGAACCGGCAACGUAAUGGACAAAAUGAGGAAGAGAUUACAUGAGCCUCAAAGGAGGAUUUUGAUGAUUAUUGGCUUCAUGGUGUAAAAACAGUUUGAGAUUUGAAUUUGGUUGGAUAUCAUCAAUGACCACUAUUUUAUUUGUGUUUAA